AUGUUAUUCUGCCCAACAUGUGCCAAUGUUCUUAUGGUCGAAGAAGCUCCAGAAUCUGGACUGCGGUACGCUUGCAACACUUGUCCUUAUGUGUACAAUAUUAAAAAGAAAGUACCAUCGCGUACAUUCCCUAAAUUAAAGGAACUUGAUUAUAUUAUGGGAGGUGCCGCUGCUUGGGAGAAUGUAGACUCGACUGAUGCUGUUUGUCCCAAAUGUGGCCACGGAAGGGCUUUUUUUAUGCAACUACAAACUCGUUCAGCUGAUGAACCUAUGACAACAUUUUAUCGAUGUUGUAAUCACAAGUGUGCACAUAACUGGCGUGAUUAA